UCUACCCAUUUCAUUGACAAAACGAGAUAACUCUAAUAUAUCGACACGCAUCUCGACCCAAAAUGUUUUAUUCGCCGACAACCAGACCAGGCAGUGGAAAGAUUUUUACAGCGCGUUAGGUAUACAGUGUGUGUAUAAAGAUGUUACUGGAAGGUAAAGUUGCCCUGGUGACGGGAGGGGCGCAGGGUCUGGGCAAGGCUUUCUCCGAGGAACUACUGAAGAACAAAGCGAAGGUCUGUAUAUGCGAUUUAAAUACAAAGACUGGAGAGGAAACUAUCCGAGAAUGGAACUCUAAAUAUGGAAGCAACGCCGCCAUGUUUCUACGCUGUGACGUCACUAAUCAUGAUCAAUUUGAAGAUGUGUUUAAGCUGACGAUCGCUCGGUUUGGGGGAUUGGACAUUGUCGUCAAUAACGCUGGGGUGAAUCUGGAAAACGAGUCCUGGAGAACGACCAUCAUGGUCAACGUGAUUGGAGUCAUAGAAGGGACCAAACUGGCAGACAAAUACAUGAGCAAGACUUCCGGCGGUCGAGGGGGCGUGGUCGUAAAUGUAGCUUCUACAGCAGGUUUGACCCCGGUGUUCUUCAUGCCUGUGUAUGUAGCCUCCAAAUACAGUGUGGUUGGAUUCACAAGAAGUGUUGCUAUGAAUCCUGAUGUCGGGAGGAGCGGCCUGAGGUUUGUCUGUCUGUGUCCGGGAUUUACCGACACUUCAUUGCUGUCCUCGGGACUGAAGAGUGAAGGAAUUUCCGGGAAUAAACUCGUGGAAGAACUUUUAACAAGCACGGGCGUAAAUACGGUCGAGUUUGUUGUCGAAGGUUUCAUGCAGCUACUUUUGACCGACGACAACAAUGGCGGAGUUAUGGUCGUCACCAAACAGCGCGGCAUCCGGUACCACGGCCGGCAGCGUAAGGUCAACAAACUGUAGACCACCGCCGCCAGCCACAGGAGGACAUGUGCCCGCCGCCAACCACCGACAAGUGCAUGCCGCAAAUUACGAAAGGAAGGCUUUGUACUUUUUGCGUGCCGCAUAAUGGACUUAGAACAGCUGUGAUAUUAAUCAAAUUAUAGAAAUAAACGUUAUUGAUGAUGAUGAUGAUGAUGAUGAUGAUGAUGAUGAUGAUGAUGAUGAAAAUGCAAUGAAUAACAUUUCUUUUUAUCAACAUGACCAUCUGGGAUACUUCAAAAAAAUAUCUUUUCAUAUUUGUUGUACUCGCAUUUAAUUAUCGUGUUUUUUUUAACGCAAUUUGAAGGACAAUUUUGCAUAAUAUAAAAUGGAUUUUUAAAAUUC